UCUCCCAGUUCAAGCUAAUCAUUGACAGAGCUUUACAAUCACAAGCUUUUACUGAAGCUUUGAUAAGACAGUCCAGCAGUUGGUGGCAAAUGAAGCCAGGCUGUGCGGCAGGAUCUCCAGGGAAUGAAUGGAUUUUCUUCAGCACCGAUGAAAUGACCAUACGCUAUAGGAAUACAAUGUCCAACGGGGGACUGCAAAGAUCUGUCAUCCUGUCAGCACUUAUUCUGCUACGAGCUGUGACUGGACUCUCUGGAGAUGGAAGAGCUAUAUGGUCUAAAAAUCCUAAUUUUACUCCGGUAAAUGAAAGUCAGCUGUUUCUCUAUGACACUUUCCCUAAAAACUUUUUCUGGGGUGUUGGCACUGGAGCAUUCCAAGUGGAAGAGAGUUGGAAGAAGGAUGGAAAAGGACCUUCUAUAUGGGAUCAUUUCGUCCACACACACUUUAAAAACGUCAACAGCACGAAUGGUUCCAGUGACAGUUACAUUUUUCUGGAAAAAGACUUAUCAGCCUUGGAUUUUAUAGGAGUUUCUUUUUAUCAAUUUUCAAUUUCCUGGCCAAGGCUUUUCCCCGAUGGGAUAGUAACAGUUGCCAACGCAAAAGGUCUCCAGUACUACAAUACUCUUCUGGACGCUCUAGUGCUUAGAAACAUCGAACCUAUAGUUACUUUAUACCACUGGGAUUUGCCUUUGGCGCUACAAGAAAAAUAUGGGGGGUGGAAAAAUGAUACCAUAAUAGACAUCUUUAAUGACUAUGCCACAUACUGUUUCCAGACGUUUGGGGACCGUGUCAAAUAUUGGAUUACAAUUCACAACCCAUAUCUAGUGGCUUGGCAUGGGUAUAGGACAGGUAUCCAUGCCCCUGGAGAGAAAGGAAAUUUAGCAGCUGUCUACACUGUGGGACACAACUUGAUCAAGGCUCAUUCAAAAGUUUGGCAUAACUACAACACACAUUUCCGCCCAUAUCAGAACGGCUGGUUAUCCAUCACAUUGGGAUCUCAUUGGAUAGAGCCACACCGGUCGGAAAACGUGACGGAUAUAUCCAAAUGUCAACAAUCCAUGGUUUCUGUGCUUGGAUGGUUUGCCAACCCUAUCCAUGGGGACGGUGACUAUCCGGAGGGGAUGAAAAAGCGGUUGCUCUCCGUUCUACCCCUUUUCUCUGAAGCAGAGAAGAAUGAGGUGAGAGGCACAGCUGAUUUCUUUGCCUUUUCUUUUGGACCCAACAACUUCAAGCCCCUAAACACCAUGGAUAAAAUGGGGCAAAAUAUUUCACUCAAUUUAAGAGAAGCGCUGAACUGGAUUAAACUGGAAUACGACAACCCUCGAAUCUUAAUUGCUGAGAAUGGCUGGUUCACGGACAGUCAUGUGAAAACAGAAGACACCACAGCCAUCUACAUGAUGAAGAAUUUCCUCAGCCAGGUGCUUCAAGCCAUAAGGUUAGACAAAAUACAAGUGUUUGGUUAUACUGCCUGGUCUCUCCUGGAUGGCUUUGAAUGGCAGGAUACUUACAACAUCCGCCGAGGAUUAUUUUAUGUGGAUUUUAAUAGUAAACAGAAAGAGCGGAAACCUAAGUCUUCAGCACAUUACUACAAACAGAUCGUACGAGAAAAUGGUUUUUCUUUAAAAGAAUCCACACCAGAUGUGCAGGGUCAGUUUCCCUGUGACUUCUCCUGGGGUGUCACUGAAUCUGUUCUUAAGCCCGAGUCUGUGGCUUCGUCUCCACAGUUCAGCGAUCCUCACCUGUACGUGUGGAACGCCACCGGCAACAGACUGCUGCACCGAGUGGAAGGGGUGAGGCUGAAAACACGACCCACGCAAUGCACAGAUUUUGUGAACAUCAAAAAACAACUUAAGAUGUUGGCAAUGAUGAAAGUCACCCACUACCGGUUUGCUCUGGAUUGGGCCUCGGUCCUUCCCACUGGUAACCUGUCAGUGGUGAACCGACAGGCCCUGCGGUACUACAGGUGUCUGGUCACCGAGGGGCUGAAGCUCGGCAUCUCCGCGAUGGUCACCCUGUACUAUCCGACCCACGCCAACCUAGGCCUCCCCGCCCCUCUGCUGCACGCCGGGGGGUGGCUGAACCCAUGGACGGCCGAGGCCUUCCAGGCCUACGCGGGGCUGUGCUUCCAGGAGCUGGGGGACCUGGUGAAGCUCUGGAUCACCAUCAACGAGCCUAACCGGCUGAGCGACAUCUACAACCGCUCUGGCAACGACACCUACAGGGCGGCGCACAACCUGCUGGUGGCCCACGCCCUGGCCUGGCACCUCUACGACCGGGAGUUCAGGCCGUCCCAGCGCGGGGCUGUGUCGCUGUCGCUGCACGCGGACUGGGCGGAACCCGCCAACCCCUACGCCGACUCGCACUGGACAGCGGCCGAGCGCUUCCUGCAGUUCGAGAUCGCCUGGUUCGCCGAACCGCUCUUCAAGACCGGGGACUACCCCGCGGCCAUGAGGGAGUACAUCGCCUCCAAGCACCGGAGGGGGCUCUCCAGCUCCGCGCUGCCGCGCCUCACAGAGGCCAAGAGAAGCUUGCUCAAGGGCGCGGUCGACUUCUGCGCGCUCAACCACUUCACCACCAGGUUCGUGAUGCACCAGCAGCUGGCCGGCGGCCGCUACGACUCGGACAGGGACAUCCAGUUUCUACAGGACAUCACCCGACUGAGCUCCCCCACGCGCCUGGCUGUGAUUCCCUGGGGCGCGCGCAAGCUGCUGCGGUGGGUCCAGAGGAACUACGGCGAUAUGGACAUUUACAUCACGGCCAGCGGCAUCGACGACCAGGCUCUGGAGGAUGACCGGCUCCGGAAGUACUACCUGGAGAAGUACCUCCAGGAGGUGCUGAAAGCAUACCUGAUUGAUAAAGUCAGAAUCAAAGGCUAUUAUGCAUUCAAACUGACUGAAGAGAAAUCUAAACCCAGAUUUGGAUUCUUCACACCUGAUUUUAAAGCCAAAUCCUCAAUACAGUUUUACAACAAAGUGAUCAGCAGCAGCGGCUUUCCUUCUGAGAACAGUACUUCUAGAUGCAAUCAGAUGCAAAGAAACACAGAGUGCACUGUCUGCUUAUUCCUUGCGCAGAAGAAACCACUGAUAUUCUUAGGUUGCUGCUGCUUCUCCACCCUGGUUCUACUCUUAUUAAUAACCAUUUUUCAUAGGCAAAAGAGAAGAAAGUUUUGGAAAGCAAAGAACUUACAACACAUACCAUUAAAGAAAGAGCACAAGAGAGUUCUUGGCUAAACUCAUCUUGUCUGCAUGAUAAUUUAAAAAUUCAUUCCAGUUCCAUAUGCUGGUAACUUACAGGAGAUACACCCGUAUUACAGACAGACAGUAUGAGAUACAGCUGUAACCAAGGUGAUGACAAUCAAUGUCUCUACUGCAUGGUUCAAACUUUCCGUUAGGUGUUGACAUCGGUGAAUUGUUCUUGGGUGUAAAGAUAAAGGCUUCAUCCUGAGAGUAAGCUAUGAAGAUUACAUCAUACAUUGCUUCUUGAAGUUUCAUGAACUGUAUUCCGUCAUUCUGCUCUAGCUUUCAUCUCUACCAAUACCUACUUGUAGUAUAAUAAAUUGUUUUUUAAAUGUGAAACUUCGGGUUGGGCAUGGUAGCUCGACCUGUAAUCCCAGCACUUUGGAAGGCCAAGGUGAGCAGAUCACCUGUGGUGAGGAGUUUGAGACCAACUUGGCCAACAUGGUGAAACCCUGCCUCUACUAAAAAUACAAAAAUUAGCCAGGCAUGGUGGCAGAUGCCUGUAAUCCAAGCUACUUGGGAGCUGAGGCAGGAUAAUUGCUUGAACCCAGGAGGCGGAGGUUACAGUGAGCUGAAAUCGGGCCAUUCCACUCGACUGGGCAACAUUGAGACUGUCUCCAAAAAAAAAGCAAAACUUUGUUUUGUUAGAUACUUUAGCAGAAAUUUAACACUUUUCUUUAAGCUGGUCAGUGAUAGAUAAUAUAUUCUGUCACUUCUAACAACGUACUUUCCCCUUUAGGUCAGAGUGGUUUUAAAAUGGAAGAAAACAUACAGUAAUAGGGUAAGUAGUGCUUGUCUAAGCCAGUUACAACAGACUCUUAAGAGCAUCAAGCCCUUCAUUUUUCUAAAGAAACGGAAAUCAUCUACAGAACUUCUAAUUUGUGAUCUUUUACUAGAAGAUUUGAUCCUCAAAAAUAACAAUUUCCAGCUGGGUGCGGUGGCUCAU